AUGAAUCCCAACUAUACCGAAUAUAAAUUCCCACAAAUUAAAGCUCAUCCGUGGCACAAGAUUUUCCACAAACUCAUGCCUCCAGAAGCUGUUGAUCUUGUUUCAAGACUGCUACAAUACUCUCCUAAUUUACGUUGCUCGGCUUUGGAUGCUUUGAUCCACCCCUUCUUUGAGGAGCUACGUGAUCCAAAUACCCGCCUGCCAAAUGGACGUUUUCUUCCUCCACUGUUCAAUUUUAAGCCUCAUGAGUUGAAGGGCGUGCCAGCAGAGACCCUGGUGAAGUUGAUUCCCGAGCAUGCCAGAAAGCAGUGUCCUUCCGUUGGAUUAUAG